GUACGCUUUCUGUUUGCGGGGUCUUGAGUUUUGACUAAAGUUACGUGUGUAUAUUUAUUGAUACUAUAAAAAAAACCCACACGGUUUCUGUGAAAUGAGUGCCCAGAUCACUUGUGUCGGAUGGGUGGGGAGAGGCUUCGCUAAAGAAACGCCAGAAAAAGUUGAGUUGAGUCAAGAGGAGCUGCAGCGCAUCAUUACUGAAGCUAAAGAAGAGCUGGGGGAACUAGCAGCCCAGGAGGAGGAGGAUGAUGAUGAUGAAGGCAUUGCUUGUGAGGACAAUCCUGAUAUCAAUGCAGCGGACGACGCUGGACUUCCAAAGGAUGAAGAUGGAAAGGAGGAAGAUGACGAGCUGGCCGAGUAUGGCCUGGAUAGAUAUGAUGAAGAGGAUGCAGUGACCACCAGUCUCGGCGACAGUCUGGCUGGGCUUACAGUGUUUAGCUCUAACGAGGAGGAUCCUUACAUCACCCUCAAAGACACAGACCAAUAUGAGCGAGAAGACUUCCAAAUCAAGCCCAGUGAUAAUCUCAUUCUAACAGGCAGAGCAGAGAAGGACUGCUGCAAUUUGGAGAUCCAUGUUUAUAACUCAGAGGAGGACUCUCUGUACGUUCAUCAUGAUAUUCUUCUGCCAGCUUACCCACUGUGUGUGGAGUGGCUGAACUUCGACCCCAGCCCUGGAGAGCAACCCGGAAACUAUGCUGCAGUGGGAAACAUGACACAUAAGAUAGAUGUGUGGGACCUGGAUGUGGUGGACUGUUUGGAGCCCGUCUUUUCUUUAGGGAGUAAAAAGGCACCCAAGAAGAAAAAAAAGGCUAAGAAGGGGGCCGCAGCAGAGCCCGUUGAGGGACACACAGAUGCAGUGCUGGAUUUAUCCUGGAACAAACUGAUCAGAAAUGUGUUGGCAAGUGGAUCAGCAGAUGACACAGUUAUCUUGUGGGAUCUUACUCAAGGCAAACCGGCCACAACUCUGCACCGGCACACUGACAAGGUUCAGACAUUAUCAUUCCACCCAUUUGAAGCACAGACUCUGAUAUCAGGAUCAUUUGACAAGACCGCCGUCCUGUACGACUGCCGCAGUCCAGACAACAGCAAUCGGACCUGGAGGUUUAGUGGUCAAGUAGAGCGGCUGACCUGGGACCACUUUUCACCCUACAACUUCCUGGCCAGCACAGAGGACGGGUUCAUCUACUGCCUGGACGCACGCUCAGAUAAACCCAUUUUCACACUGAAGGCUCACGAUGAAGAAGUGUCAGGAUUGAACCUAAGCAGCCAGAUCAAAGGAUGCCUUGUCACCUCAUCAGCUGACAAACACGUUAAGAUUUGGGACAUUUUGGGCAAUAAGCCCAACCUGGUGCACGCACGAGACAUGAAGAUGGGUGUACUGUUCUGUGCGUCAUGUUGCCCUGAUAUGCCCUUCGUCUAUGCCUUUGGGGGACAAAGAGAAGGCUUGCGGGUUUGGGAUAUAAGUGAUGUUGCAGCAGUUGCUGAGGUGUUUGGCAGCCGAGAACGCUUGGUGGCUAACACAGGAUCACAGGCCUCCACCAGUGCAGCCACAGCACAGAUGGAAGUUUCUGAGUGACGAGCCAACAACUUAAACGUAAACAUGAAUAAACUUGUUGCUGUGUUCGGCAUCCUGCGGUAGUUCGUGUUAAAAGGAUUUAAACAAAUGAAGCUGCAUUCCUAAAGGAUUUGAAAGGUUUCCUCGAAUUAAUGCUGGACCUAACAUACCGGAAAAACUUGUUGAGCUUGUCUCCCUGGACUGGUCACAACCACAACAACAACAACAGCAGCAGCAGCUUGUACAAUCAAAGUUGUGUUAACGUAAUAAGAGGAGUAUUUGUCUUGUAUACAUAAUAGUGAAUAUUAAAAACGUAUUCUGGCUUUGUUUUUGCGAGAAAUUAAUCAAAUAUUUGAAUUGUUUGAAGAAUAUUUUCAGUUUGCCUUUACGUUGUACCUUUACAGCUGUAUCGUGCUACUUAUUUCACAUUUAAUUAACAACAUUAACCGUGCAUAUCUUGGUUUCCUGGUAAAAGGAAUUGUUAAAAGAAGCCUGUGGUCUCACAUUCAGCCAGUGUUAAAAACUAAAAACUCAUACUAUGUGUAUUCCGUCGAAUAAAAUACAAUUUUAUAAAAUG